UGUUUUUGAGCACCAACCGGAAGUGUGCCGUCUUCGCCCUCAUUCAUUCAUCACACAAGCGGCACCUGUGACCGGAUGUGUUUUUAUAAUGUCUCUUUUAAAUUAACGCGUUAAAUUCAGCGAUCAUGGCUUCGAAACGUAAAGUAGACGUGAUUGUUCCGGCUGAGGAGAGCGAUCAGCUUAUUAUCCGCCCGCUGGGAGCUGGUCAGGAAGUGGGAAGAUCAUGCAUCAUCCUGGAGUUCAAAGGGAGGAAAAUCAUGCUGGACUGUGGCAUCCACCCGGGCUUGGAGGGAAUGGACGCUCUCCCCUACAUCGACUUGAUCGACCCAGCUGAGAUCGACCUGCUGCUCAUCAGCCAUUUUCAUCUGGAUCACUGUGGUGCUCUGCCCUGGUUCCUCCAGAAGACCAGUUUUAAAGGCAGGACUUUCAUGACCCACGCCACCAAGGCCAUCUAUCGCUGGCUGCUGUCGGACUAUGUCAAAGUCAGUAACAUUUCUUUGGACGACAUGCUGUACACCGAGUCCGACCUGGAGGAGAGCAUGGAAAAGAUCGAGACCAUCAACUUCCAUGAGGUCAAAGAGGUCGCUGGAAUCAAGUUCUGGUGUUACCACGCUGGUCACGUGCUGGGAGCGGCCAUGUUCAUGAUCGAAAUAGCCGGAGUCAAGCUGCUGUACACAGGAGACUUCUCCCGACAAGAAGACCGACAUCUGAUGGCAGCUGAGAUCCCCAGUGUCAAACCCGACAUCUUAAUCAUAGAGUCAACCUAUGGAACCCACAUCCAUGAGAAGAGGGAGGAGCGUGAAGCCCGGUUCUGUAACACCGUGCAUGACAUCGUCAACAGAGAAGGUCGCUGUUUGAUCCCCGUGUUCGCUCUGGGACGGGCCCAAGAACUGCUGCUCAUCCUGGACGAGUACUGGCAGAACCACCCGGAGCUCCACGACAUUCCCAUCUACUACGCCUCAUCCCUGGCCAAGAAGUGCAUGGCUGUGUACCAGACGUACGUCAACGCAAUGAAUGAUAAGAUCCGCAAGGCCAUAAAUAUCAACAACCCCUUUGUCUUCAAGCACAUCAGCAACCUGAAGAGCAUGGAUCAUUUCGAUGACAUCGGCCCCAGCGUGGUGAUGGCGUCUCCUGGUAUGAUGCAGAGCGGCCUGUCCAGGGAGCUCUUCGAGAGCUGGUGCACCGAUAAGAGAAACGGCGUCAUCAUCGCCGGAUACUGUGUGGAGGGAACACUCGCUAAGCACAUCAUGUCGGAGCCGGAGGAGAUCACCACCAUGUCGGGACAGAAGCUGCAGCUGAAGAUGUCGGUGGACUACAUCUCCUUCUCGGCCCACACCGACUACCAGCAGACCAGCGAGUUCAUCCGGGCGCUCAAACCCCCACACGUGAUCCUGGUUCACGGGGAGCAGAACGAGAUGGCCCGUCUGAAGGCUGCUCUGAUCAGAGAGUAUGAGGAUAACGACCAGGUUCACAUCGAAGUUCACAACCCUCGCAACACGGAGGCGGUCACCCUGAACUUCAGAGGAGAGAAACUGGCCAAGGUGAUGGGCUCUCUGGCGGAUAAGAAGUGCACUCAGGGUCAGAGGGUGUCAGGCAUACUGGUGAAGAAGAACUUCAACUACCACAUCCUCAACCCCUCCGACCUUUCCACAUACACGGAGUUGGCCAUGAGCACGGUUAAACAGAGCCAGGCCAUCCCCUUCACUGGACCUUACUCGCUGCUCGUGUGCCACCUGAGGAACCUCACUGGUGACGUGGAAGAGCUGGACAGAACUGAGAAGAACACUUUGAAGCUUUUUAAAAAUGUCACUCUGACUCACGAGGUCGGGAUGGUGGUGCUGGAGUGGGUAGCGAACCCUCUGAACGACAUGUACGCUGACGCCGUCACCACCGUGGUGCUGGAGGUGCAGUCGAACCCGAGGGCUCAGAAAGUCAUGCAGACUCAGAGUGUUGCUAUGGACAUGGACGUCUUCCAAGCCCGACUGGAAGUCAUGUUGCAGGACAUGUUUGGAGAGGAGUGUGUGGACUUCAGUGACGGUAGGAACAUCGCGGUGACAGUCGACGGGAAGACGGUUCUUCUUUGCUUGGAGACGAGGGCGGUGCGCCACGAGGACGAGUGCACGGAGGACGACACGCUGAGAGAGAUGGUGGAGCUGGCGGUGCAGCGGCUCUACGACGCCCUCAACCCGGUCAUCUGAGGACGGGGAGUGGACGAGCGAGCGGCACACGUUCAGAAAACAACGAAGGAGCUCGUGUUUUUGUGUUUAACACUGCCUAACAAGUGUGUGUAACUUAUUGAUGAGCCUGACGUCCAUGUUUCUGCACCGUCAGGAUCCAUAUUUGUAAUUUGUGAUUUGACAAAACAUAUCAGACACAAUGCAGCUGUUUAACCUGUACACGUCCUGAAAACCGUCCCCCCCCCCCUCCCCCCCUCAUUUUAAUUGAAUCUGAAAAGACGAGAUAGGCCUCUUGCAAAUUAAGGGAUAAACUCUAAGCAUUUACGAUGUAAGAGAAGGAACUGAAUAAGCUACCGUUUGACGAGAGGCUUUAUUUUCGUGGAUUUCAGCUUUCAGUUUUGUCAUGUAAGCACUUUUGUUUAUCGUGUAUUUAUUAAUAAUUUAACUGUAUUUUGAUGUAUCUGCACUGUACUUUUUGUUUGACGUUGUGUUAACUUCUAACUGUGAUGUGAACUGUGAAUUUCUAAAUGCACUAAAUCUGUGUUUAUUGUUAUUUGAACUAAAAGGUUUUAAAGAA